GCUCUUAUCCCCUCUCCGCCAUCCCGCCACCCCCGCCCACCGGCCCGCGGCGCCGGCUGUGCUUGCUGGCCGCACCGCGCCCGAGCCCGAAGCCGCCACCGCUGCAGCUAGUCCACGCCGCCACCGCUCGACGGCUGAAUCGAGGCUCCAGCUCUAGGUCAGGGGACGCCGCCCCCCACCACUCCAGUCCGAGGUUUCCGGGGGACGCGCCGACGUCGCCCGAUUUCAGGGCUUGGCGACGCCGCCAUUGGCCGAGUCCAAGACUCCAGAGGUUUUUAAAACUACGUCCAAACUUCUCCUCUGCCCGCUUCGAGGUGACAGAAGCGGUGGGCGGCAGGGACGGAGUGGACGGCGUUGGCGCAACCAAACUGGAGGAGACCUCCAGCCUCAAAGACCUGCCAUGGAGCCGGGUUGAAACCCUAGCCUCCAAGCGCAAGGGUGAUGACUCGACGCCUCCAAGCCAGGGAACCUUGUUCGGCCCCGUCUCCGGAUGCCUCCGCCGGUGCCAGCGAAGGGGAAGUCAAUGUCCGGCUUCGUCCACCCCCCAUCUCUGAUUCCCCACUUCAGGCCUACUGAAUACAAAAGAGCAAGGUUGUCUAGGAACCACAGGGCUGUGAACCGUCCCUGUGGUGGAGUGCUCUCUGAAACUGCAGCGAGAGGAAGUCAGAAGGAGGGCAUGUCCGCGAGGGUGCCGUAGCUUACAUCAGUUUGCGUGUGCUUUACGGCGGAAAGGCUGCAUAUUUAUUGGCUGCAUUUUGUUCAUCUCCAAACUCCAAAUUCUAAUGCUCUCAGUGUCUAAGCCUAUUCUCGCCCCGACUUCCCUUACUGCCAUGGCGAUUCGGCUACCGCCACAUGCACCAACCCAUUAUGCCCUGCCUCACCGGCGGACACCGCCAUUCCGCUCCAUCGCGCGAGCGGCUCCUUCUCCUUCCACCACCUCAACGGCAGUCUCGUUGCCGCCAUCUCCCAAGAAGGUUCUUGUGCCCAUUGCCAUGGGCACGGAAGAAAUGGAGGCAGUCAUCCUAGCCGGUGUCCUCAGGCGAGCGGGCGCUGACGUAACACUGGCCUCUGUGGAGGACGGCCUCGAGGUUGAAGCUUCCUAUGGGACGCGCAUCAUCGCAGACAAGUCCAUUGCAGCAUGCGCCGACCAGGAGUUCGACCUUGUGGCUCUCCCGGGAGGAAUGCCUGGUUCAGUGCGGUUGAGAGAUAACGAGAUCCUUAAGAGAAUUAUGGUUAGACAAGCUGAAGAGAAAAGAUUGUAUGGUGCUAUAUGUGCUGCACCAGCUGUUGUUCUCAUGCCCUGGGGUCUUCACAAGGGAAGAAAGAUCACCUGUCACCCGUCGUUCAUAGGAGAUCUUCCAACAUUCCGAGCUGUCGAGUCAAAUGUUCAGGUUUCAGGAGAGCUCACUACUAGUCGUGGUCCUGGGACAGCAUUUCAGUUCGCUUUAUCAUUUGUCGAGCAGUUGUUUGGGCCUCAUGCUGUUGAAGAUGUGCACAGUACUUUGAUUGAUGCCGGUCUUGAAAGAAGUACAGAAGUCAACAGAGUUGAGUGGCCUUUUGAUCACAAACCUCAGGUUCUCAUUCCAAUUGCAAAUGGGUCUGAGGAGAUGGAGAUCAUAAUGUUGGUGGAUAUUUUAAGACGGGCAAAUAUAAAUGUGGUGUUGGCAUCAGUUAACGAGUCCACAAAUAUUGUCGGGUCUCAAAGAAUAAAGAUUGUUGCUGAUAAAUGCAUAUUGGAUGCUUCUGAUUCAAAAUAUGAUCUAAUCAUUAUUCCUGGGGGACCUGCCGGAGCUGAGCGUCUUCACAGGUGUACAACUCUUAAGAAGCUACUCAAGGAACAGAGGCAAGCAAGCAGGAUGUAUGGUGGGAUCUGUUACUCUCCAUUGAUAUUGCAGAAGCAAGGUUUACUCCAGGAUAAAACAGUGACUGCUCAUCCUUCCAUAGUCAAUCAGCUCACUUGCCAGGUUAUUGACCGAUCAAAGGUCGUGAUUGACGGAAAUUUGAUUACUGGGAAGGGACUCGGAACAGUCAUGGACUUUUCCCUGGCCAUUGUAAGAAAAUUCUUUGGCCAUGGGCGAGCGAAAGGUGUGGCAAAUGGAAUGGUUUUUGACUACCCCAAGAGCUGAAACACCUAGCAUUUCUGCUACUACAGAGGCGCUGAAUGUUUGGUUAUGGUAUAUGGAUCUUGCUAUAGCGAUGCUCAAAAUUUGAGGUGACUGUCUCUUGCGGAGAUAGCAAAAUUUUAUUCUGUUGCCGCCUUACUGGAUAGCUGCAGACUGCAGUGAAAUGCCCACUAAAUAUGUUCUGCACCGAUGCGGCAUCCUGGGCCUCAAGGACCGCACGCUCCAUGUCCGAUGGUGCGCAGGACCUCCCCAGCGGGCGGAUCCAAGUAUGGCAGCAGCGUCAUGUGAGGCCUGCAAACAUGACGAGUGGGCGCUGGACCCGUCGCGGGAUAGCAUGCGACAACAUAUAGGAACUAUGUGAACUUGACAGGUCUAUUUCAAGUGAAUUGCAGAAAACCACCACAUUGAAACUUAGGGUUGCAGAGAAGACUCUUCUACGUUUUUGUGCCAGAAAACACUGAUUUCACGCAUAAUCAUUUGCAGAAAACACCAAACCUUUUGUUGGGGCAUUUUAAGCACUAUUAUGACAGGUGGGGCCUGAUUUUGGGGAUGUGGCGUCACGGCCGCGAGCUCACGCCGUCUAACGGCGAGACGGCCGCUACUGCUCCACCGUGUGGGUAAAAACAGACUGCCGACCGCCGUUCUGUUGCUCCCCGGUGCCAUGGUGUCGUGGAGCGACGAGACCAAUGAGGAUUCAGUCCUGAAAAUCUCCUCCUGCGAUGGCAUCAUCAAGCUUCCAGCUACGAUGCACGAUCCAAAUUUUAAUGGUACUGACGCAGAUGUGAAUGUCUUGUGUGAACACGGUGAGCCGGCCGAACGCUUUGUAGCAUUUGAAGGGAUGCACACGGGCAGGGGGUUUCUUGGAUGUGCUAAGAAGGCAUAAACUGUGGAGUAGUUCAAUGGAUUGAUUUUGAAUGGCCAGACUCAAUGGAGAAGGCAUUGGCCAAGCUAUGGGAUAUGUAUGGGGAGACUAAGUCAGCUAGGACCAAUGACAAUCUAGAGAGUUCCUUUGCAAUUCACAACCUGACAAAAGAGAAGAAGAAACUACAGGAGAACUAUGACAGUUUGUAUGCUGAUGUGAAUGCUUUUUUGGAUGCCCAGCAGGAGAGGGGUGUGGAGUUAACCAAUCAAAAGGAGCAAAAGCAACAUCUUGAAGUGAAGAUUGCUGAGCUUGAAACUGUAGUUGGCAACUUGAAGGUAGAGUUGUCAAAGAAAGAGGAGAAGAAGAAACUACAGGAGAACUAUGAUAGUUUGUACGUUGAUGUGAAUUCUCUCUUGGAUGCCUAGCAGCAGAGGGGUGUGGAGUUAAACAAUCAGAAGGAGCAGAAGGAAUAUGUUGAUGUGAAGAUUGUUGAGCUUGAGACUGUAGUGGGGAACUUGAAGGCAGAGCUGUCAAAGACAGAGGAGGAGAAGAAGAAGAUGCUGCUAAACUAUGAAACUCUGAAGAACCUGACAUGUGCUCAAGCCAAUGUGAUUAGGAACUUGAAGUUCAAUCAUUUGAAGGAGAAGGAGAGGCUCACAGAAGAGAGGCUUAAACUGCAGUAUCACAUUUCUGAGUUUCAAAAAUAUGAGGAAAAGAUAAAGUUGAAGCUUCAGGGUAUGAAGGCCAUCUUAGAUGAGUAGGGUGCCUUCUAGUAUGAUAAUCAUGUAUCAGUUUCUAGAUGAUAAUCUUCUAUCCAGUACUUUAGUAUGAACUUGUGACCCAAGUACUUCAAUGAUGAAUUUGUGAUCUAUGGUGUUAGAUCCAGCAGUGUUGUAAUCUAGAUGAUAAUCAUCUAUUAAGUACUUUAGUAUC